AUGAACACAAAGCGAAAUCAGCCACACUGUUCACCUGACCCAACCUAUGUUCGUGUCCCCUUCGGGGUGACAUACGAUAAAAUUGGAACGAUACAGAGAAGAUUAGCAUGGCCCCUGCACAAGGAUGACACGCUUUCCCGGAGUGGUAGACCUACGGGUCUCAAUAUUUAUUGCUUUUGCUCUGUCUGA